AUGGCCCGGCACAGAUUAAUCAACAAGAAGUAUUAUGAAGAAGACUUUGAAGAUGAUGAUUAUGAUUAUGGUUCUCCUGAAGACGAAAUCGCAAUGUCGCCUAGCAUAAUGAACCAAUACGUUCUUAAUAGAAAUUCGGACAACUCUUAUAGCCGUUAUCAAAGUAGUAGUAAUGAUCAUGCAGAAGCACAUAACACUGGUGUAGAAUCCAGUGAUGGAUUACUGUUUUCAAUGGAUGAUGUUGGGGGUGAAGAAACUGUUUCUAUGGCAAGACCACCUGGACUCCCUGAACCAAAACCGAAGCCAUCAGGGGCGAGCAACCAGAAACAGAUUGGCAAACCUUGUAAUCCCAACAUAUCGAACCUGAAAGUCGCUGAAAUUGCUAGAAGUACCUCCAAAUCUCCUUCUCGCAAGAAAAAUGAUGGUGCAAGUAAUUCACGUUGCAGUACCCCUACUCAAGCAGCUACUUUAACCAGUAAUUCUAGUUCGCAUAGGUUGGCUCAACUUUCUCAAAUUACACAGCAGUCAACUCCUAAAAGAGAGAGAAAAGUACAAGAACAAACCAAAGACUUGAUUAACCUCGUCGUUGUGGGGCAUGUGGAUGCUGGCAAAAGUACUUUGAUGGGUCAUUUUCUUGUACAACAUGGAAAUGUAGAACAGCGGUUAGUUCACAAAUACAAACAAGAUGCCGGUAGAGCGGGAAAAGCUUCUUUCGCAUUUGCAUGGGUACUAGAUGAAACUGAGGAAGAGAGAUCGCGAGGUGUUACAAUGGACAUUGCGCGAACAUCGUUCGAUACUGAAACCAAAAGGGUCCAUCUUCUCGAUGCUCCAGGGCAUAAAGAUUUCAUACCAAAUAUGAUUACUGGUGCUUCUCAAGCUAAUUCUGCUAUAUUAGUGGUCAAUGCGACAGUCGGAGAAUUUGAGACAGGAUUUGCGAAUGGCGGCCAAACUAAGGAACAUGCUAUGCUGCUACGCUCCCUUGGAGUAUCCCAGCUAAUUGUUGCUAUAAAUCAAUUGGACAGGGCUGAAUGGAGUAGAGAUAGAUUCGAAGAUGUAAAACAUCAACUCAAUUCUUUCCUCACAAAAAUGGCUGGAUUUUCAAACGUCAAAUACAUUCCACUAUCAGGUCUUUCGGGUGAAAACUUAGUGAAACGUUUCGAACCUUCUCACCCAGCAUCAACUUGGUAUCAAGGAGAGUGUCUGUUGGAGCUCAUUGAUAAGCUCCAACCUCCUAAACGAUCAGCAGAAGGGAGUCUUAGGAUAGUUGUGAAUGAUGUGAUGAAGUCUAUGGCAAACACCAUAACUAUAUCUGGAAAAUUAGAAUCUGGAGAAGUUGAAAAUGGGGAUAAAGUCUAUAUAAUGCCUAAUGCCGAUGCUGCUGUUGUGAAAUCUUGCACAGUAGAAAGCCGCAGUGAUGGAACAGCUACUGCAGGAGACGAUGUAUUGAUGACCCUAACUGGAACUUUUGAACCCGACACUCAUCAUGCCGGAGAUGUUGUUGUUCGAGGCGGUGAGGAUACAUUGAUACCGGCACGACGUUUCAGAGUUCGAUUGAUGGCCUUAGAUAUAACUAUUCCUAUCAUGAAAGGAACGAAAGCUGAGUUAUAUUGUCACUCUUUGUGUGAACCUUGUACAAUUGUUAAAAUAGUUUCCUCUUUAAAUAAGACAACAGGAGAGGUUUUGAAAAAUAAGCCCCGGUGCCUCUCGCGACAUAUGCAUGGGAUAGUUGAGAUUGAGACAGACCAUGACGUUGCCAUCGAAGCUUACACAAAUUGCAAGGCUUUAGGUCGCAUAGCUUUAAGGUGUAAAGGAGAAACAAUAGCAGCUGGGAUUGUUGAAAAAUCCACUACUGUCAUCAAGGGAAAUUGA